CGUAAAACAUUUGGCAAUUUCACAUCAGACAUAAACACUCACUCACUGCUACGAAACAAUAAUAAAGAAAAUUAAUUGUGAAAGAAGAAAAUUGAAUAGAAUUUUACAAUGUCUGACGAAUACGAGCAAGUUGCCCGUGGUAAACUAAAGCUAAAAACCGAUUCGAAUAAAGUGAGCAAAAAAAAGAAGAAGAAGGACAAGAAAAAUCGCGAAAAAUUGGAACGCGAAUUGGAAGAAAGACAAAAUGUUCAACAAGCACCCGCACGACAAAUGACCAAAGCAGAACUCUCGUUUAAGAAAAUGCAAGAGAAAAUGCAAGAGAAACGAAUCAUGGAGAAGGCAUCGCUAACACACAAACAACGAGUAGAAAAAUUCAAUGAACAUCUAGACAAUUUGACCGAACACUUUGAUAUUCCGAAAGUUUCAUGGACAAAAUAGACGUCAAUGUGUAUCAAUUCAAUUCAUCGUCUAUUUUAUGUCAUUCUAUUUAAAAUUAAGUUUAGAGAAUAACUUAAUAAUAAUAUUAUGUUCUGGCGGUUGAAAUCAUUUGGAUUUCAUCUGUGUGGAGGAAAUUUUCGUAUUUCAAUCACUUUUGAAUAUAUUCGUAUUUGAAUUUAAAAUGCACGUGAAUUUCCACACGAUGGAUCAAUAGCAAUUUCAUCAAAAAAAUAUUUUCCCUUUUUAACAUACAGAUUUGCACCAAGAAUAUGUUUUUUCUUCAAAUAUUUAGAAAAUAAAUACAAACAAAAACCUCAUAAAGUUAUAUAA